AUGACUAGCAUUUCACCUGUUGAGGUUGGUGGGGGUGCCGUGCUUCAACGAAAUACGCCUCAAUACUACGACAAUCUCAAGCAGUUCUUUAACAAGGAAGAAGUGAAGAGAUUCCCUUCAGAAAUCCACAUUGUCGAGUCCUCGCAGCAGGUGGCCAACGCUUUAAAAAGAGCCCAACAGCUUGGAGUCUCCGUUGGUGUUCGUUCCGGCGGCCAUCUUCCUUCCAAGCCAUCCCUCAUUCAAGACGGAAUCCUAAUUGAUGUUUCGAAGCUCAAUCGACAGGUAGUUUAUGACGAAAAGACACAACAAGUUGCCUUUGGUCCGGCUGUGCGUGUAUUUGAGGCGUGGGAAGCUACCAAUGCCAUUGGCCGAUUCUUCCCUUUCGGACAUGCGCCAGACGUUGCUCUGGGUGGGUUUUGCCUUGCCGGGGGUCAGGGAUUCUUUAUGAAAGGUUGGGGGGCUACUGUCACUGACUGGAUCGUGAGACUGGAAGUGGUCUUGCCUGAUGGAAGGGUUUUGAUCGCCAGUAGAAACGAAAACCAAGAUCUCUUCUGGGCUGCCCGUGGCUCAGGGCAAGCCUUUUUCGGUGUUGUCACUCGCCUCUGGAGUCGAACCAUUACUGCAAAGAAACUCUAUGGCCGAUCUUUUGUCUUCAAUGUGGGGGAACGGUUUGAGGAUUUGAUGACAUUUGCCUUUGACAAGAAUGAUGCCAUGCCAAAUCUGUUCAACGAGUGUGCAGUGUGCACUAUGCAUUCCGAACUAUUUUUGACGAGCUCAGCAGACGAUUAUGUGCCGGAAUCGUCACCAUUGCUUUUGAUGAUCAACGUUUCUGCAUACGCUAAUACUCUGAUCGAGGCGACAAAUAUGCUGGAUGUUUGGGAUGAUGUUCCAGAAAGCCUUGAGCGUUGCCUCAUCAAGGCUGAACCUACCACAGAAACAGAUUGGAAAGAGUUCUUCCAGCUUCAGCAUCGACUAAAUCCGCAAACUCCGGAUCAGAAAUGGGGUAUUCAUAGCAUUCUUAACGAUCCGAAGGUGUCUCGUUCAAAGCUCCUCGAAGCUAUCAAGCCGGCGUUGUGCAAUCUACCAACCCGUUCCUCCUACGGCUGUGUCUACAUGGCGGAUACACUCCACCCUGACGAAACCGAUUCUGUUUUUAGCCUCCCCCAGCAAUACUAUAUCUCCACAUUCAGCGGCUGGAAAUCGCCCCAGCUCACGUCAAAGAUUCAUGAAGUGAUGAAAGAAUCCUACGAGAAAGCCGAAACAGUAGCGAGUGGAAUGUACAUUGCAGAUUUUAACGAAUCGUCUAAUUCUACACACUCACCUAAUGUCAGUAAAACGGUCCAGUAA